UUCUGGGAUACAAGACACAGCAACAACAAAGGAACCGAAAGCUGUGUAGAAAGAGUGAAUGGUUUCUUAAACGGAAUAAAACUCAAAGUCCAUUUAUCUGGAAUUGGUCCCAAGAUCUCAAGCCCUGACACGCAUAUCCCUUGAUACAUGUGAAGGAUGGAUGGUUCUCAUCAAGAAUUAUCAAAUACCGAGGAACCUGAGACACCAGAUAAGAGUGGUCCAUCUUCCCAGCACGUCGGCACAGGGAUGGAUAAGAAAAAUGCUGUGCUCGACAAGAGAAAAGCAACCAAGAAAAGGAAGGCAGAUUCACUCAGAGAUGAGAAGAGCGAGACAAAGAAGAAAAAGAAGAAGAAGAAGAAGAAGCUCCAACGAGUUCAAAGACCCAAUUACACUGUACAGCAUGGUGAAGAUAUGCUUCUGAUUAUAUCAAAUGUUAGCCAGAUUGAUAGUGUUUGGAAACCUAAGCGAAAAGGUUGCAAGAGGAAAAAGGCCAAAACAAAGAGCACAUCAGUGAGGAGGAAGAAAGAACUGACAAAACCUAGAGUCUCUAAAGUCACUGAAGAAGUUUUAGGCAAUGAUGCUGAUUUGGAGGAAUCAGAGCCUGCUUUGAGCUUUGACUGGGGACAAAGGAUGCCAAUGGAAGUGUUGGUAAAGAUCUUUGAACUGGUCGUUCUUCAAGAUGGUGCCAUACCGUUUCUCUGCAGGGUUGGCCGAGUUUGUCGUCUGUGGAACAGUGCUGCUUCUUCCCCAUCUCUUUGGCGCAGUGUGUCCAUUGGCUACUGUUGGAUUGAGCCUGGUAAGAGUCAGUUACCUGGAACUGAACAGAAGAUUAAGAACACUGUAGACUGGCUAACACAGAACAGGUUCUCGCAACUGAGGAAUUUCAAGCUUUGUCACUGGAAAAAGCAUGUCGACUACGUUGUUCAGGUGAUAGCAAAUGGCUGCUCAAAUCUCCAAUCCCUGGAGUUGUCGUACUGCGUGGGUGUGACAAAAGGGGCCUUUCAAAAUCUUGGAGUUGCCUGUCAGUCUCUUGAGAGCAUAAAUGUGCAACACACAGAGUUUCAGGACGAUGGUCUGCUAUCUUUCCUCGAGGUGUCUGGGAGUCAGCUGAGAAAUAUUUCCUUUACACGCAGCUCAAAAAGUGACAAACUUCUCAGUGCUUUGUAUAGGGGUUGCUGUCCUGAUCUCAAGUUUUUGGAGAUCAAUACUAAGUUAGACAGUGGAUAUUGCCCCCUUCCUCUAUGUGUACAAGCUUUACAACUUGGCUGUCCCAAGCUACAGACUUUUAGGUUGAUGAAUAUUAACCCUGUUCCCAAAAUGAUUCGCAACAUGCCCAGUUCCACACUUGGCUUCCCCAUGCUGGAGGAGUUGUGUAUAGCCUCUUCAUCUCAUUCUUUUAUGAAUGACCAGGACCUGAUCAAUAUUCUUCACGGCUCCCCCCACCUGAGGGUGCUGGACCUGCGGGGAUGCUCUCGCAUCACAGCUGCUGGAUUAUAUGCUCUGCCUUGUGAAGGUCUGGAAUGUUUAUACUGGGGGCUGUAUUUCAAUAGCAAUGUCAUGGUGGCAUCAAACAAAGGCAUCCACAUGCUCACACAGAAAUGGAGCCAUAGCCUUCAGGAGCUGGAUCUCACCAACCAGCCUUUCUCAGAAGAGGACAUGGAGAUUGCAAUGGGGCAUCUGGCUCAUGGUACUGGAGCAGAUUCCUUUCGGUCUCUGAAUCUCAGUGGGACCAAGAUCACAUCGUCUGCAAUCAGGUUUCUAGUGGGUCAGGCUCCAGCUCUAAGCUACCUGAAUCUGUCAUCAUGCCGUUACCUUCCAAGGGGACUCAAACAAGUUUAUCGUGGACUAGAAGACAUACAUCAGCUCCUGGACAAGUUAAAUUAAUGUACUGCAUAGUUGUUUCUGCUUCAGGAAUUUAAGACUUAUUUUCCAAACAAACAAGUUCCCCAAAGUGCGAAUGUGUGUGUUUUAAAACAGGCUACAUAAAACUACCAGUAAGUAAAUAAAUGACAUGUUGACUCUUUGGUAUGUCUGUUGUUCCAUACAAGUUUUGUUUGUUUUUUUUCUCCUGAGUGGGAUAAUUUUAUUUCUUUAGAGCUUGGGUGUCAAUUGUAGUUGUCAUUGCCAUGUUUUUAUAC